AUGUCUUCCGAGCUUCCUCCCUUCCCUUCUGCUUUCAAGGGCGACGUUGUCACCCAGAGCCAUCCCGACUACGACAAGGCCAUCCGCCGCUGGACCAAGAACGUUGAGCGCCGCGCGAAGGUCGUCGCCUACAUCAAGGACGCGGACGACGCCUCCCUCGCUAUCGCAUACGCACGCGAGAAUAACCUCCCUAUCGGCAUCAUGGGCGGCGGCCACAGCGCCGCCGGUGCGUCUUCUGUCGAGGACGGUCUCAUUGUGGACUGCUCGCGUUAUCUGAACUACUGCCGCGUCGACGCGGAGAAGAAGAUCGGCUACGUGGGCGGCGGCUCGCGCUGGGAGACCGUCGACCGCACUGCGUACAAAUACGGCUUGGCGACUGUCGGAGGGACCGUUAACGACACCGGCGUCGCUGGGCUGACUCUCGGUGGCGGGUUCGGCUACCUUUCUGGCCUUCAUGGCCUCGCUCUUGACAAUCUCCUGGGUGCUCGUAUGGUUCUCGCUGACGGCAAGCAUAUCUACACCAGCGCGACUGAGAACGCCGACCUCUUCUUUGGCAUUCGCGGCGGCGGGUCCAACUUUGGCGUCGUCACCGAAUUCGUCUUCCAGCUGCACGAGCAGCGCCCCAUGAUCUACGGUGGGGUUGUGAAGUUCCCCCAGGAGGCGCUCACGGGCAUCGUCGCUGCCACCGCCGAUUAUUGGGAGGUCCAAAAUCCUAAGGCGUGCAUGCUGCAGAUUUGGGGUGUCAACCACGCCGGUCAUGGCAAGCCCGAGAUCAUCUGCAUCUUCUUCUACAAUGGAACGGAGGCAGAGGGGCGCGCGCACUUCAAGAAAUUCCUCGAUUGCUCGCCGAUCAUUGACACUACGAAAGAGAUCCCCUACGAGGAGGCGAACGCCAUGACCAACCACAUCUUCACCAUCGGCAUGUGCGAGUACCAGAAGGGUAUCGCCCACGUCGCGCAAGGCAGUCCGGAAGUCCUCACCCAGCUCGUCGAGCGCGCCGUCGCGCUCUCCGCGCAGCCCGGCCCGGAUGUCGCUUUUACCAUGGGCUUCUUCCCUCGCGGCAAGAUCCUGAGCCCUGCCUCGGAGUGCGCCUUCCGCCGCGACCCGCACCCGGACGUGAACUUCAUCGCCGCGUGGGAGGGCGACACGCCGGAGAACUUCGCCGCCGGGCGGGCGAAGGUGUACGAGAUGCACGCGUUGGCGACGAAGCUGUACGCGGAGCACGGGGACCCGAAGGCGUGGGAGCUGGCGGGGUAUGCGAAUACGGACGAUGAGGCGGCGUCGAGCGAUAGGGGCCUGCGCGAGGCGAAGGCGAAGGCGGCGUUUGGGGAUGCGUACCCGAAGCUGCAGCAGAUCAAGAAGAGGUACGACCCGGAGCUCGUGUUCAACCGCUGGUACCCCAUCAUCCCGGCGUAG